CCUCCUCAGCACGGCACCUCACCGAACUGAUAUGUAUCAUUUCUAUCUAUGUAUUGUACACACAACAGUUGGCAGUGAUCGUGUUAAUUUCUACAGAGGCUACCUUCAAAUUUAUUCUUAACUGGAAUAUACUUCCUACAUAAUGUAGUCAAAACUAGGCUCUUAGGUAUAUAUGUUCAUUUAUGGAAUCUUUAAAUCUGCUAUAGGACUAAAGUGCAUAUACACCCAACAUGGCAGAGGGAAAUUGUGCGAAAUGCUCCAGAUAUCUCCUUAUUGUUUUUAAUUUCUUAUUUUGGGUAUGCGGUGGAGGAUUAUUAGGAAUAGGACUAUGGUUACGUUUUGACAAUGACAUAUAUAAGAAACUUGAAGAUACUGUACAGUUAGAGUUAGAUCUACCAUCUGACGUUAUUUAUCCUGCUGCUUAUGCGUUAAUAGCAGCUGGUGGAUUUAUAUUUCUAACUGGUUUCUGUGGUUGCUGUGGUGCCAUUAGAGAGAGCUUUUGUAUGCUUGGAGUGUAUAUUACAUGUUUAAUUAUUGUGAUAUUAGCAGAAUUAGCAGCAGGGAUUUAUUUAGCUAUUCAGAGAGCAGAUCUUGAAGAUAUGUUCCAUACUCACUUAUUAUCAGAAGUGAGAAAUUAUACGAUAGAUAAUAAUUCUUCAAUGGAUUACAUACAGAAACAGUUCCAGUGUUGUGGAUCAAGGAAUUAUUCAGAAUACGAAGAAAGUAUUCAAUUCAGAACAGGACAAGAGAGUUCAUGGGUAGUUCCAGAGAGUUGUUGUAAAUCCAAUAUCGCAAAAUGUCAGAAGGAAGCUGAACUGCGAGUUGAAUUUCCAUCUCAACUAUAUAGUGAGGGUUGUCAUACGGUGAUACUUGAUUGGUUUAUUACAAAUAGCGCUGUGUUGGUAGGAGUAGCUGGCGGUAUAGCAUGCUUUGGGAUCCUUGGAAUAAUAUUUGCGUCAAUUUUGUGUCGGAACCGGACAGAAUAUUAUGACUGGGAAUAAUAAAUGUUAACAGUGUGUUCACAGUUCAGUUUAUUUCUAUUGUGAGGAAUUUUCUUUGACGUUUGCUGCAAUUAACAUUGGGCCGAAAUUUUGUACAACGAUAUCAUAUGCAACAAACAAUUGAUGCUAUGCAAAUGGUAUUAUAGAAUACUAUAUAUGAAGAAAAUCGAUUUGUGCAAGACAUACUAUAUUAAUCGUUUGAUUAUAUAUGAGAACAAAAUAUCAACAUACUUAUGGAAUAUUGAUAUGCAACAAGCAUUGUUCAUCGAUCAUCAUGUAGUACAUUAUAUACCUUUAUUAUUGAAACAAAACGAAAUACUCAUAAUUGUGUAAUAACAAUAGAAGGCAGGUGUCUUGUGUUAAAUUUAGAAGUGUUGGUGAGAACUCGAUUGUCUAUUUAAAAUGAUUCACAAUGCUUUUGGUUAGUAUCAAAAGUACAUGUAAUCUAUACAGUACAGCCAUGGAUUAUUUUCCAAGAUAAAUAUCACUAUUAGGUUUUAGUUAAAAAGAUAUCUUUAUAUUGAUUUUGGUCAACCUAUCUAUACACACAAUGCCCAUUAUAAUCAUAUGUUGUAUCAACAUGAUAUAAGUUGAAUUUUAGUUUAGUUUUGUUAAUGAUAAGAUAUGCAGGUUAUACGCAGAUGAGAGCCCCGCGUACUAAAAAGUAUAAAACAACCAUAUGGUGUUAACAAUAAACAAGUGCGUUUACAUUAUAAUAAGUUAUAAAAUCAGCAGACUCUAAAAAGUUGUAAAUAUAUCUAAUCGAAAAUUAUAUCAAAAGGUCUACUUGUUUGAACAAGACCUUUUUUUUGUGUGAAUUUGUUAUAUAAUUUGCCUAUUCCGUACUUUAUUUGGCUUCAAACACUUACUACAGUCAGACAUCAAUUUUUAUGAUCCACAAACUAUCAAUUCUCAAAAUAAAUGCAUCGACCAUGUCUGGAAUUAGUUCGUAAAACAAUUAGAUUUUUUAUUAGACACCAUAACUGGUAUUUAUAUUGGCUUUUGUUCCUUCAUAAUUUUGUAAAGAUAUUUCUUAAUCUAAAAACAGUCUGAAGAAGGAUAUUUGUUUUACUGCUUUGAAGCAAUUUUAUAGAUUUGUUAAGGACAUGCAGCACAUUUGUUUGCUUUGAAUAAUAUUUUUUUGCAGCAUUUUUCAUAUACAUGUACAUAUAUCAUUUUCAUCAAACGAUAUUCAGAUAGUUAUCAGGUUUGAUAUGCAAGUGAAGGCUCUGAUUUAUUUUCAAUAAAUGUUUGCAAUACGGUGUUAAA